AAUCUCAAAAUUGUAAAUUCAUAUCAGCCAUGACUCAUGUAAAAUGCACUUGAAAACAUACUACAGCUUUUGCAUUGCCCAACUACAAAACUAGUUUACAUGAUCCAACUACUACUAACAUUAAAAUGCCCAUCUUAUUCUUCUAUGCAUAAAUAAAUUAAAAUAAAACCUCAAACACUCCAACAAUCUUCAUUCACCAUAUUUUCUUGACCUAAAAGAAACUUAGGGUUUCUUCCACUUUCUUUCAUGGCAAGCAACAAACACCUCCCUCUUCUCCUUCUCCUCAUCAUCACCACUACAUCCUCCACUUCGCUUGCAUUCGAUCAAAACAAACUCGUAAUCAAAAUCAUAGACGCAAUGAUCUCCGGGGGGAGUUUCGAAGAUUGGAGCGAAGCUUUCCUCGCAACAAACGACGAGAUACACGGUCAAGUUCUCACUUCAACACUCUUCCUUCCCAAAACAUCCGUCGAAGGAAUCAACGCCACUUCACCGCUCGUAGCUGCUUACCACAUCGUCCCACAACUGCUUCACUUCCACAACAUAAGCGUCAUGGAGCCUCUCUCUCGCAUCCCAACUCUUCUCUCUGGAAACUCCAUCGUUGUAACCAACAACUCGGCUUCGGGUCUCACACUCGAUGGUGUUCUUGUCUCGGAGCCAGAUUUGUUUGUCUCUCCUUCCGUUGUUAUCCAUCGUAUCGCUUCUCCAUUUAACUUCUCUCGUUACGGUGGCGAUGAUAUAUAAUUAAGUUACCCUCUUUAUUAGAUUUUUCCAUUUUGUGUGUUCUUUCUAUUUUGAUCAUUAAUCUAGUUGGCACUUUAGUUGGUUAUUAGGGAGCUGGUGAAUUUAAAGGUUCACCAUAGGAGUUGAACCCAAGUCUUGUCUUUUAUAAAAUUGGUUAAGAAAAGUUUUACAUGGAAUUUGUUUUGAGAAAUACGUGGAAAUUAAUUAGCCUUUAUUUUCCUCCAUCUUAUCUGCUUCACAUGUCACAAACUCAUCCAUCCAUUCGUAGGCCCAUUAGAAUACCUCGAUGUAAAUGAAUUAUACAAUUGCUUUAACAAUCAUGUCAUCACUGCCAUGAACGUA